UCUUUCAUUCCAGAAAGCACACAAGUGCGUAACAUUUGUGCGGCUAAGAUUUGAAAUGAAAAAAAGAAUAAAAAAUAUGCAAAUUGGAGAAGAAGAAAACGGCGGUGAGGACAAAACCAAAAGUGCGUGGUUAUCUAUCUUAUCCCAAACCCAACAACACCAAAUACAAAUACAAAAAAAUAGUUUUGCUCCAACAGAGGGAACAAAAACACAAUCAACAAUCUAAUUAUCAUUUUAUUAUUAUUAUUAUUACUCAGCGAUGCAACCGACUUCUGGUGGCGGUGGCUUGAAGCGUUUCCGAUCAACUCCGGCGAGUUGGAUAGAAUCGUUUAUUCUGAAAGAAGAAGAGGAAGACGAAAAUCAACAACAAGAUAAUUUCAGUUUCACUCAACUGCUUUCCAAUAACGCUGCUGCUGGUCCUUCAACUUCCGAUUCUCAACCAUAUUUGCCUGAUUACUACCAAUACUCUUCACCGCAUACUUCCGCCGCCGCCAAUGUUAGUAACAAUACUUUCACACAGGGAGUUGAGGAUAGUGAUAAUGCACUGGACCUGAAAAUGGACAAAAUUUUAGAGGAUUCGGUUCCUUGCAAGAUUCGGGCAAAGCGUGGCUGUGCUACACAUCCAAGGAGUAUUGCUGAAAGGGUUCGGAGGACUCGGAUUAGCGACCGCAUAAGAAAACUUCAAGAACUUGUGCCAAACAUGGAUAAGCAAACAAACACUGCAGAGAUGUUAGAUGAGGCAGUAGCUUAUGUCAAGUUUCUACAAAAUCAAAUUGAGGAACUAUCAGAACAACAACAGAGGUGUACGUGCACGAUUCAUGAGUAAAUUGGUGAUCUUGUCAUAUAGUACCUGGUUGUUUCCCUAUUCUCGAGUUACCAGAUUUUUUGAUGUUCUAAUGAAGAUUAACCAUGCCUCGGCGAUGCAGAAGACUAAGGUUGUGUCACAUUCUUGAGCAACAAGUAAAUAUUGGGGGUGCUAUUAUCAAUUUCAUGAGGAAUCCACUUUAAAUGUAGUUCUUUCUGGUGUGUUAUAAUUGUAUAGUUAUAGUGUUGUAUAAUAACUUUUACACAAAUCUGCUAAACUUACUAGCUCAUUGAGCUUCUUUUUGCUGAGAUAUCAUUAAUCAUAUGUGAGAUUCCUCACCUGAUCAAAA